UCUGGUGCAAACAUGUGCAGUGCAGUGAUCCAAUGAUGUGCUUUGACAAAUGAAUUUCAAAAAUUGAAUAUUUUGGGUAAAUAAUAAUAAAAUAUACUGGAUUAAACAUGGAAUCAUAACGUAUUUAUAUUAUCUACUUACUGAACCAAACGUAGAGACCAUAACAACAAACCAGGCUCAAGUUCUCGAACCAAAAUACUCUUGAUAAGAUUUCAGAACAGCAUUCCGAUGAUGUCCUUGAGUAAAGCCUUGCGCACGAUCAUCUCAUCAACACAUUCUCAUCACAAUAAAAUUCGUAACUUUUGCAGUUCAGUUACAAUUUCUAAAGAUACCAAACAAACAAGUCCCGAUAUUUUGUUGAACAAAUUCAAACAUGCCACAAGCACAAGCGAAGUUCUAGAUACAUUCAGUCAACAUAAAGAUGUGAUGAACAUUAAACAUAUUAUGCAAGCCCUUAGAUCUGUGUUUGUUCUUCAAAAGGAAGGAAGGUCCGACCUAUCAACGAAGAGUAUCAUCAGCAGCAGAAAAUUUGCUCAGCUCUGUGAAAAAUUGAAAACUCUAGCUGGUAUUAUUGAACCUAAUGAAACGAUAGAAGCUUUGAAAAUUGUCACUUACGUAGGGGUUCCCAAAAAUAGUACAAUAGUUCUGGUUUUGUUACAAUUGUUAAGGCACAAUUUGAACGAUUUAAAUCUGCAGCAAAUAAUAUUCUUAGAUUUUUUACUUGGAAAUUAUUCGGGGGUGCCACUUGCAGAAGCACUUAAAAUAGCAUUACCAAUUGUAUUCGACAUACAAUUACCUAUCAAAAUGGAACGCGAAAAUAUUCAAAGUCUCAAAGAAUAUUUGCACUACGCGUCGAAACACCAACUAUCAAACCAAUCAGUAGAUCUUAUUUUGUCUAAAACUAUUAACUGCCAAGAAAGAUAUGAUGCUAAAACAGCGAAAAGCAUAAUAUGGUCUAUAUGCGACAUGCGUCCAAGGCCUUGUUUUGAGAAACUUUUGAAAAAAAAUGUCAGAGUAUUAACACAAGUUUUAGAUGAAUUACCAUUCAAAGAUGUUGAUAUAACUCUCAAGAAAUUAAUGAAUUCUUAUACAAAAUACGAAUAUCCAUACUUUAGGAAUGAAGAGUUUUGUAAUGCUGUAGCUUGCCUUGCGAUGGACAAAAAUUUAUCACUCGAUCAAUGCAUCUACAUCAUGAAGAAAUUAGAGCAAUUGGAUGUGAUCAACAAACCCUUCAUUGAUUUUGUAUUCGAAAAAAUAUCAGAGGACCUUUCGAAAAUAGAUGACUUAUAUUACUGCUACGUCAUUUUGAAAUAUAUGGCAAAAACAGAUUAUAGACCGGAAAACUGGGAUGAAAUUAUAAUUAAAAUCAAAGAUUCUGAAAAAACAAAAAUAGACAAUAUUGAAAGUCGCAAAUUAGCAUUGGCAUUAUGUUACCAUCAGAUUUUCGAUAAUAAAAUAAUCGACGAAAUUUUCAAUAACAGUCUUGAAAAGAAUCUUACAAAUAGAGAUUUAAUUCGGCAGUAUCUUACAGUCUACUACUCGUUAAAAUUGCAUAGACCUGAGUUGGUACCGAAGAAUUUCAAACCGGAAAAUUAUUUGGAACUAAUCGACACACAUAAAGAAUUCCCCUUGGAGGGAGCAUUAUUCAGUGCUUUUGGAGGCGAAAAAUAUGUGAAGACUGGAGUAUAUUCCAAGGAAGGGAUUUUUAUAGAUCAUAUGAUAAUAUUCAGAAAAGGUGGAUAUCCAGUUUCGACUAAUUACACAAGCAAGUUCAUAGAAGACUUAGAUAUUUCUGAAGAUAAUGAAAUAGUAUUAGUUAUGUGUUUACAUCCUGAAGCUUACACUAAGGAAAAUUAUCUGUUGAAAGCAAAUUCAUUUCGUUUGGAGCUAUUAGAAAAAUUAGGAUAUACUGUUGUGCCUAUGUGUUUGGAAAGUUGGAACUCUUUGCUCGAUCAUGAAAAAAUACCGUAUUUAGUACAGAAUAUCAAAAACAAAUUACAACAAGAUAUAACCCUUAAUACUUAUGGAUAAAAGAACAAACCAAUAGUAGUACCAAAUUA